GCGUGAGAGAUCUGGACCUGCGACAACACCACUUGAAGAAUUUAGAGCUGUGAUCAGCUGGAGAUGCCGAUACCAGACUGGCCUUCAUCACACAUGGAGGACAGAUCGUCUGGCAGUCAAAAGAUACCACAACCUACUUGACAAUAACGGCUGCCAGUGCCCCAGGUCAGACGCCGGCAUUUCCAAGCCCGGUUCGCUCGACUGCGCAGGCGCUUCCACUCAUUCAGAUGCUUGAACCGUCCAAUCCCCUCCGCGGCAUGGAACUCAACCUCGACAACAUCGCACCUACUACUAGUAUUCAUUACCUCUACCAUUGCUCCUUAGAUACCGAUACGGACGUUCGGUCGGACGAGUUUGUGGUCGCACCCCAGCGACCACUGAGUCUACAUGCUGAGCCCGCAGUGCAGGACUUCCAGGUGAUCACAUCGCUGAUCGACUCCUUGACCGUUCCUGCUGCCGCGGAACCGGAAUCUAGCGAAGAUUUUGGCAAGCAUAUCCUGAGAAUACCAAGCCAGUGCUCCGGUCGUCGUACACUGCCGACUUCACCAAACGCGGAUCAGCUCGAUCAGGACCUGCAUGACCCUAUUCCCGCCGAUGACAGUAACGAGGGUGAAGUGGCCGCUGCGCCCGUGAUCGGGUAUGCUAGAAGGCCUCCUGUGCUGCCCAAGAGAAAGAGCAAGCCAAGAUUCUAUUCUUUGAAUAUGUCACAAUCCACGCUGGCCCAUCGCGAGUCAAUGCAGAGUCUGAAGUCGCGGACGGAAAGUGACAGCAUAGGCAUUCCUAGCAUUGGGAGGCGGCAUGGCUCUAGCGCUAGUUCGACGUUUUCCAUCAUCAGCGGGCUGUCUGCACCGCCGCGCAAAGAGACCACCGAGCAGAUGCGAGAAAAGGAAAAGGCCCUCUCCAAACCUAUACCUCCGAAGCGCUUCUCCUCGGAUCGACGGCGAAAGAGUGCUUCUCUAUGUGGUCCUGAUCAAGAGAAGGAGAACAAAUAUCCCGAUCGGCACACAUCUUUUGAUGGCUUUUCCUCCAGCAGCACCCAGUCCGGACAGCCCACCAGCGAGACUCCCACAGUGACCCCUUUGACACGGGUGAGCAGAAGUGACCUCGGUAGUCAUAUGAUACCAUCUCGUCGCUCGUCGCUCAGACGUAGCGUCACUGGACUAUCUGAUACCUCGCACGAGUCCGUCCGCCACUCCAUGACUGUUGGAAAUCUCAAAGACCUUGCCAUCGACUCGGACUUAAUUGAGGGCGAUAGUUCAACGGUCAGGAGGAUACGCGAAUUGCAGGAAGCGAGGGAGAGGCGGCAGAAAGAAUGGCGGCACGAAGCUCGAAAGUCGGAACGCGCUGCAAAACGGCAUACCAUUGCCGGACCCAAGAUGUCUCGACGGUCGAGUUCCUACCUCAGCUCAAGCCUCUCUGUGGCCGAAGUGGUGACGGAAUCACCGGAGGCAGAGAGCCCCGUUGAACUGUCCGCCUAUUUAACGGCUGCUGAUCUGGCAAGUAUGCCUGCUUUGGUGUCUAACUCCCCCAAGCUCGACUCUCCCGUUCAGCAUGCAAGUACGACAAUCACCCCUCCUGGCUCGGCGAGUGCCGCCCCAUCCCGGGCCAGCAGUUUCAAGCAGAGUCCAUCUGACCAGUCACGGCGGAAAUCGCCUUUGACUUCACGCAGACAUCGACCUUCUUCGGCCGAGUUCAAGUCAAUAUCGGACGAAAUUGAUGCGUUUCUCGGUGCUCCACGUCUUACCCAGAAGAUUCGACAUCCUAGAACAGGACGGACGAUCGCUUUUUCGGAGGUCGGUGACCCACAGGGAUUUGUGGUUCUCUGCUGCGUUGGCAUGGGCUUGACACGUUACCUCACGGCGUUUUAUGAUGAGCUGGCCCGAACAAUGCGACUCAGGCUGAUCACACCCGAUCGACCUGGCGUUGGCGAAAGUUCCUCCGCGCCGGAGGCAUCAUGUACCCCAUUAAACUGGGUUGACGAUGUGGCUGUGAUCUGCUCUUCUCUCGGGAUCACUCGGUUUUCACUGUUGGCGCAUUCUGCAGGCGCCAUCUACGCUUUAGCCACGGCCUUGAAAAUGCCACAAUAUGUCCGUGGGCGCAUCCAUCUUCUGGCGCCGUGGAUCCCGCCAUCACAAAUGCCAAAGGGUGCGGCAUUUGGCCCCGAGUCGCAACCCGUGGCGAAUCUGCCACUCUCGCACAAAAUAUUAAGUGUUCUGCCGCCCCAGUUUCUCAAGGUUGCAAAUUCGCGCUUCCUAACGGCAACAAGUGCUUCUAUUGAGACCAAACCACUGAAGUCAGCCAAGAGAAACAAGCAGUUACAGGUUUUGGAACUCUCGCUGGCGUAUUCUUCCAAUGAUGCGAAUGAGGAUAGUUCUUCUUUCGACAAAAACUUUGGAGAAAUGGAUGUAGAGCGCCCGCCAACGUCAACGCCAAACCGUGGCCGGAGCAUGACAUACUCGGAAGCGAUGAACGGUUCGAUGAGAACCGGCAUGGGAAUGGCGUCUGUAGAGACGUCGAGCUCGAGCCCGAGCCCAAACAAGCAAAAACACGCCUCCGGGACAGCAGCAUCAUCGCCUCGUUUGACCGUCGAAGCUCGUCAAGCUUUCUAUAACCAGAUCCUGACCCACCGCAUCUGGGCGCUUGCCACGCAAAACGCAAAUCCUGCCAUUGACUUGGUGGUCUGCUUGGAACGUCGAAAACCCAUUGGUUUCCGAUAUCCCGAGGUCACGAGAUCAGUCGUCAUUCACCAUGGAGCGAAGGACACCCGGGUCCCAUUGGACAAUGUUCGUUGGUUACAAAGUGUCAUGAAACGGUGCGAGUUGAGAGUUCUAGAUGAAGAGGGUCAUGGGCUCAUGGCUUCUGCUUCGGCCAUGGCGACUGUCUUGGGCGAGAUUUCUAAGGAAUGGGAAGAAUGGGAGAAGAUUGCCGUGGGCAAGGAAAGGCAGAAGAAGAAAGAUGCUGCUGCUGCUGCUGCUACUACAUCAUCUACAUCUAAGAGAGGCAGGUCAUGAUGGUUGAUGAUUGUGGCUGUCCUAUCGCUUUUGCCGAACGGACUCACAGUUGGUGUUGAGGAAGCUACUGUAAACCGUGUUGCCAUGCCGGAUGUGAGAGAGUAUGACACCUGUAUACCAAAAAGGGGCCGUUGGACUUGGACGUAAGGAUGAAUGGAUUGAUUCGCGGGAGCCCUCGACCUUGGAGUAGAAGUAUGGUACAGAGUUUCCAGGCCCAUCAGGUGGUUGGACUGGCUGCGAUGGGAAUCACUAAUGAACGUAAUGGGCAUACCUCGAGUUCAUUUCUAGGAUGAUCCGCCGAAUUCACUUCAUCGUCUUUGGUUUCAGCAUAACUAAUACCUUACUUAGCGCCCGAAAAUGUUGCACACGAAUGAAGAUUGAAAACGGUA